AUGAACGACAACCGACAAGUUAAUGAUACAGGACGAUCUGUUUCAUGUAUGUUCUGCAAUGAAAAAUCUGCAUCAACAGAGGAAAUGAGAAUACAUUUGUUGGCCUGUGGUAAUAAAACUGAUCUGUGUCCCAAAUGUAAAAAAUUCAUUCGACGAGCUGUGUUUGCUUAUCAUUAUGAAAAUAAUUGUGCCAACCUCGAUGAGAUAGACAAUGUUCGUGAUCGUGCUGCUGGCACAUAUGUUGUUCCGUCAGCACAACAAGCUGCAAGUCGCGAAAGAAAUAUUACAAUAAUGGACGUUGAUCUUCCAAUGCAACCAAAUAGAGAAAGUAACACAAACCAACGAUCGAGUUCAGGAAUAAAAACAACUAUGUUGUGCGAAUUGUGUAAUGGUGAGUGUGAACCAGCUCAGAUCGAAGCGCACCGGAUAUUUUGCCUUCAGAAUCCAAAUAGGAUCGGAAAAAGAACCACAACAUUGGCUGGUGGAAGCUCGAAUCAGUAUUCAGAUCGAUUGCAACAUGAACACCCAUCAAGUGAUGCUGCUCUGAUUCCUUGUGAAUAUUGUCAAAAACACAUUGAAUGGCGUCUUUUUGAAAAUCAUACGAAGUAUUGCGGCGUGCAAGCUCAAGAACAAAGACAACAGCAAUCGAGAUUCGUCCACGUCCAGCAAACCGACAAUAAUCGUAUGGUUCGAUGUAAAUAUUGUAAUCAAGAGCGCCGGCAGGAGUAUAUGAGCGGUCAUGAGAGAGUGUGUCUACAGUCAUAUAAUUUUGCUGGUAUGGUUUCCUACGCAGACGUAUGUCGUCUGCCAGGGUUUCAAUAA